CCAAGACACAGUUCCUCCUUUCUUCUCCGUCUGACUGCUCAGAACUCACACGCUGCCGGGAAAGUAUAAUCCAGACAUCAGGAUGGCUGCUAACAGGAGGAGGAGAGCAUGGAGAAAGAGAAACACCAGUCAUUCAGGGUGGUUUUCUUGGUUACUCAACUUACGUGAAAACAUGGCUGAUGUUAAAGAUGAAAGUGAAAUAAAGGGGAAUGAUAAAUAUCCCAACACAGAAAACCUACUGGAAGAAGAGAAAGACACUCGCAGGAAUCAUGAAGAAAAUGAACAAAAAGAAAAACCAAAGGCAGUUGGGUCCUUUGAAAUUUUUCGCUAUGCAAGUCGGCUGGACAUUUUUUACAUGAUUGCGGGAUUUCUUGGAGCUGUAGGAAAUGGUAUAUGCCAUCCGCUAAUGCUUAUUGUGUUUUCUGAAAUGACAGACAGCAUUGUAUGUUUCAACUCAUCAAUCCAAAAUACAACCGAGUGUCAGAAGUUUAAACCAUUACCUGAACAGAUGACUGAGUUUUCCUUAUUCUAUGUGGGCAUAGGAUUAGCUGUUAUUAUCUGUGGCUACAUCCAAGUUUCUUUAUGGGUUUUAGCUGCAGCAAGACAGACAAGGAGGAUGAGGAAAAUGUUUUUUCAUUCAGUUUUGUCACAAGAAAUGAGUUGGUUCGACAUUACGAAAUCUGGAGAACUUAACACUCGUCUUACAGAAGAUGUCAACAAGAUCAAUGAUGGAAUAGGAGAUAAAGUCGGCCAUCUUGUGCAGAAUGUUACAACCUCUGUAGGAGGACUAAUAAUUGGACUAGUCUAUGGCUGGAAACUUUCCCUGGUCAUACUGGCCACAAGUCCCCUGGUGACAAUUUCUACUGCUCUUAGUUCCAAGAUGUUGGUAUCACUGACUAGUAAAGAGCUGUCAGCUUACGCAAAAGCUGGAGCUGUGGCCGAGGAGGUUCUUUCCUCGAUUCGGACUGUGGUGGCAUUUGGAGGACAGCAGAAAGAAAUACAAAGAUACACAGACAAUUUGGGAGAGGCCAAACAAAUCGGAAUAAAAAAGGCCAUCACUUCUCAGCUGGCUGUGGGCUUUAUGUACUUUAUUAUUUAUGCCUCUUAUGCACUUGGAUUUUGGUAUGGAUCAGUCUUAAUACUGGAAGAUGAAGGAUAUACCAUUGGAAAUGUUCUUUUGGUCUUGUUCAGCAUUGUCCUUUGCAGUUAUUGUGUUGGUCAGGCUUCUUCUCACCUUGAAGCUUUUUCAGUAGCAAGAGGAGCUGCUUAUAACAUAUUCCAUACCAUUGACCAGGCAUCUGCUAUUAAUAGUUUUUCAACAGAAGGAUACAAGCCUGAUAAUAUUAAAGGACAUAUUGAAUUUCAAAAUGUGCAUUUUUGUUAUCCUUCAAGACCACAGGUUCAGGUUUUAAAAGGAUUUAAUCUAAAAGUUAAACCUGGACAGACCGUGGCAUUGGUCGGGCAAAGCGGAUGCGGUAAAAGUACUACCGUUCAGCUCCUGCAGAGAAUGUAUGAUCUACAAGAAGGAAUGAUCAUGGUUGAUAGCCAUGAUAUAAGAUCACUGAAUGUUAGGCACUACAGAGAAAUGAUUGGUGUCGUCAGCCAAGAGCCUGUGCUGUUUGCAACAACUAUUAAGAACAACAUCAAAUAUGGAAGAUUAGAUGUGACAGAUGAAGAAAUAGAGACAGCAGCUAAGGAAGCCAAUGCCUAUGAUUUCAUCAUGUCUCUACCUGAUAAAUUUGAAACUCUUGUUGGGGAACGAGGAGCUCAGUUAAGUGGUGGCCAGAAACAAAGAAUAGCAAUAGCCAGAGCUUUGGUCCGAAAUCCUAAAAUCCUUCUGCUGGAUGAGGCCACCUCCGCUCUGGACACUGCCAGCGAAUCUGUUGUACAAGCUGCUCUAGACAAGGCCAUCGAAGGACGUACUACAAUUGUUAUUGCUCACCGUCUGAGCACUGUGUGGACUGCAGAUUUGAUUGUUGUGGUGGAGAAUGGCGCUGUGGCUGAGCAAGGAACACAUUCCGAAUUAAUGGAGAAAAAAGGAAUAUAUUAUUCACUUGCCACAGCACAGACAAUACAAGUAGAAGACGAGACAGAAACUGGAAAGAAUGAACAAGAAACACAGGGGAAACCUCCCUUAGUGCAGAGAUUAUAUUCUAACAUGUCCAAUGGAGCAUUUUCCCUAUCAAGCAAAGAAGAGGAAGAAGACAAAGUGGAUGAAACAGAAGAGAAAAAACUUCCACACAUUUCAUUUUUCAGGAUAUUAAGACUCAAUAAGUCAGAGUGGCCGUACAUCAUGUUUGGAAUUCUUGGUGCAAUUAUUAAUGGAGGAGCGCACCCAGCUUUUAGUAUACUUUUUGCUAAAGUUAUUGCUAUUUUUGGGACUAAUGAUCCGGUGAAAAUACAACAAGACAUAAAUCUUUACUCCAUUAUUAUUACUGUUAUUGCUGUGGUUUCCUUCUUAACAUAUUUCAUCCAGGGUUUUAUGUUUGGAAGAUCGGGGGAGGUCCUCACCAUGCGUCUGAGACAAAUGGCAUUUAAAUCUAUGCUCCGUCAGGAAAUGUCAUGGUUUGAUGACAAGAAAAACAACACUGGAGCUUUAACAACCAGACUUGCCACAGAUGCGUCUCAGAUACAGACAGCAACUGGCUCCAGACUUGGACUCAUCGCUGAGAACUUUUCCACUAUGGGAAUAGGAAUUAUAAUCUCUUUCAUUUUUGGUUGGGAAAUGACAUUGCUGAUUCUAGUCCUGACUCCUGUUCUGGUGAUGACUGGAUUGCUUGAGACCAGAGCACUUACCGGCUUCGCUAACCGGGAUAAAAAGCAGCUCCAAUAUUCUGGAAAGAUCGCAACUGAAGCAGUGGAGAACAUCCGAACAGUGGCAUCACUGACUAGAGAGACGACGUUUGAAGAAAUGUAUAGUGAAAGCUUACAGAAACCAUUCAGGAACGCUCAGCGCAGGGCUCAGAUAUAUGGCAUCUGUUUUGCAUUCAGCCAGUCAUUCAUACAUUUCACCUAUGCUGCAUGCUAUCGCUUUGGGGCUUUUAUGAUUGAAAUUGGAAGGAUGGACCCAGAGGAAGUAUUUCUUGUGUUUUCCACCCUGGCGUAUGGAGCUAUUACUGUAGGACAAACAUUAUCCUUUGCUCCAGAUUAUUCAAAAGCCAAAUCUGCAGCUUCCCAUUUGUUUCACCUGUUCAACACUGAACCGUCUAUUGACAGCUACAGCAACGAAGGACAGAAAUUGGAAAAAUAUGAAGGAAAUUUGGCCUUAUCAAAAGUUUCCUUUAAUUAUCCAUCUCGUCCGGAUGUGCCUGUGCUACAAGCGCUCUCUGUUGCUAUAUCCAAAGGACAAACAGUGGCAUUUGUAGGCAGCAGUGGAUGUGGAAAAAGCACCUCUAUUCAGCUUCUCCAGCGGUUCUAUGAUCCACAUCAUGGAGCAGUGCUAUUCGACAAACAAGUAGCAAAAGACAUGAAUGUACAAUGGCUAAGAAAUCACAUAGGAAUCGUAUCCCAGGAGCCAGUGCUAUUUGACCGCAGUAUUGCUGAAAACAUUGCGUAUGGGGACAACUCUCGUGAAGUGCCUAUGGAGGAAAUACAACAGGCUGCAAAAGCUGCAAACAUUCACUCCUUCAUAGAAGGGCUGCCAGAGAAAUAUAACACUCGAGUUGGAGGUAAAGGCACUCAGCUGUCUGGGGGUCAGAAGCAGAGAAUUGCUAUUGCCCGAGCCCUGAUCCGUUCUCCAAAAGUUCUUCUACUAGAUGAAGCCACCUCAGCGCUGGACAAUGAAAGUGAAAAGAUUGUACAACAAGCGCUAGAUGAAGCACGGAAAGGAAGGACUUGUAUCAUGAUCGCUCAUAGACUGUCCACAGUCCAGAAUGCAGAUCUCAUUGUUGUUAUGAAGAAUGGGAAGGUCAUAGAAAUGGGAACUCACCAACAGCUUCUGUCAAAACGAGAAGAGUAUUAUGAACUGGUCAAUGCACAGACUAUAACUUAACAGGAAAUUACUGGAUGGCAAAGUCCGGAUAGAAAAUCAGCCGCAUGCUACCCUGCUGUGGAAACUCAACUCUAGUCGGGAAUCGAAGGCUUCGGCUAAAUACUGUUGUGUAAAAAGGAGCAAACAUCAGUAUAAAGGAGACAAAUUCUUGAGUCUUACAGACAACAGUUUGGGUUUAAGAAUUCUAUAAGAGAGUAGUAACCCAACUGAGAUUCACUGUGACACCUCUAUUUGAUGGGAAUGAUCUAUAAAGUGAGGUUAUAAAGCUGAAUGAGUGAUAAAUAAGGCAAACCACCUAUCUGCCUUAUAAAUACUUUAUGUAAGAAGAAAUAUCUCUAACUAUGGUGCUUCAAUACACUACUGUCUUAAAAUAAUUUAGAAAGGAGGGAGGAAGAACAAUAUAUAGAAAGAUGAUAGAUAUUUAGAUAGAUCAUAUAACGUUAUGCAAACAAUAAUUAUUAUUGCACUAAAAUGACUUGCAGCUUUUUUUGAUCAGUAGAAACAAUAUUGCUGUAUAAGAUGACUUAAUGUUUAGUGGCACUUAAAGUAAAUGUCUCUUUUAAUACUAAAUUUUAUUAAGAUUACUUCAUUGAUUAUCUAUAUAUA